CUUGAUUAUUCCGCUGUACGCUCUUUUGUGGCCCAACGGCUCGAGUAUUCCGCCUGAAUACUUUAAAAAAGUCUUAUUUUCUUCGAGUACGAUAAGACUUCGGUUUCAGCCCCCAUGUUUCGCAUCUUACCAAAACGAUCGAGGUCCUAAAGAUAACUUCAUUUCACGAGACAAUUGCAGGCCAAGAUAAUCAAUCAAAAAGCAAAUUUGUUCGACCCGACUCUAUUCAAAAAUGAAAUAAUUAUUGAUACAAGGUGAGAGGAAACGGGCUACUACCUCAAGCUUCGAUCAUACAGUGACUGGUGUAAUCUUGUCACCCCCCGCCAAUUCCAGGGGUCAACCACGCAGUGUCCAGACCCGCCCCGCCCAUGGAUGCAUUAAUUCCGCUGGGCAGCUAAAGGGAACAUCACCGACCACCUUGGCGCCUCCCUAUCAACAUUCAUCCAAUUCUAGGCACACCCUUUUCGAACAGGUUGCCACUUUGCAACAACAGUCGUCCAGAGCGACGCUUCGAAUCCCUUUACCUCGACUUCUACCACAACUGAUAACGAACUUCCUCUGUAUUUUCAUCAAUCAGCAUCACCAUGUCCAGGAGAGCCCCGAACCCCGCUGCUGAGCGGGCGGCGCAAAACCAAGCUACCAUCAAGAGCCUGCUCAAGUUGGAGGCCAAUAAGGUCUGCUCUGAUUGUAAACGAAACAAGCAUCCUCGAUGGGCGAGCUGGAACCUAGGUGUCUUCAUCUGUAUCCGAUGUUCGGGCAUCCAUCGUGGCAUGGGCACUCACAUCAGCCGAGUCAAGUCCGUUGACCUCGAUUCUUGGACCGAUGAGCAACUCCAAAGUGUUCUGAGCUGGGGAAACGCUCGCGCCAAUAAAUACUGGGAGGCCAAGCUUGCGCCAGGUCACGCCCCAUCUGAAGCCAAGAUCGAGAACUUUAUCCGAACGAAGUACGAACUCAAGCGAUGGGUUAUGGACGGCCCCAUGCCCGAUCCUGCUACUCUAGAUGCUGAUGGCGAUGACGACGUACCCCUUAGCAUUGUAAAGGAGAAGCAAGUUAUAGAGCGCAAGGAGUCCAUCAGAAAGGCAUCCCUGGGCAACUCACAAGCACCGAAAUCUAUUCCUGCACCUCAGGGAGAUCUUAUCGGCGGAGACCCUGUCCCUGUGCGAUCAAGCAGUGCUGCUCCUCACUCGGCGAAGGUUGCUCCUAAGGCUGAGCCUGCUCCACCGAGAGCAACAAGUACAAAGGACUCGCUACUCGGACUCGACUUCUUUGGCGAGCCUGCGGCUCCUCCUCGACCGGCCAGCACAACUGGUACCGCUCCGAGCGGUCAGUCUCGUCCCGAUUUGAAGCAAUCUAUCCUAUCUCUAUAUGCUACUGUGCCUAAACCCCAACCUCCUGCUCAACCUCAGCAACAGUCAUCUGCGGGAGGCUUUGGUGGCCUUGCAUCUCCCACCUUCAGCCACCAGUCUCAAGGCUCUGUUGGUGGCUUCAACGAUGCUUUUGGUGGUCUCAGCAUCUCGAACCCCCCUAAGCCCGCCGCUCCCGACCCUUUUGCAAGCCUCAGCUCUGCAAGUCGUACAACAUCAAGCAGCAAUGCCUUUGGUGGCCUAGGAGGAGGUAGUUUCUUCAACAGCAAACCCUCCCAACCCACAGCCCCUACCCACCAGCAGCAAUCUUCCAACUUCUCGAACUUCGGUGGCUUUUCCUCCCCACAGCCGGCUGCUUCUGCUGCUCCUGCCGCGCCCAAGCCCGCUCAAUCCUCCGCCAUGGGUGACCUUUUCGAUCUUUCUGCACCUGUGACCACAUCGCCUCCUCCACCACAAACCGCAGCAGCUUCUACCAACUCCGUCUUCAACCUCUCUUCUCCUCAAAGCCCUCCUGCUGCCGCGCCAACCAGUACGACGACAACAGCUAACGCGGCCAGUUCUAUGGGAGGUUUCUCUGGUGCUGAUGUUUGGGGUGGAAGUGAUUGGGGAGCCCCUGCAGCUCCUGCACCAGCCCCAGUUCAGAAAGCACCAGAACCGCCAAAGCCCGCGGCGAGCGAUUUUGGUUGGGGUAACACGGGAGGAGCAUUUGCCAACACACCCAUCGUCCCUGGGGCGUCAGGGGGCUUCAAUCCUAUCACAUCGCCCAAAGUAUCAGCCGAUGAGGAGUUCGGAGGAUGGACAAGCAGUGGACCUGCUGCUGGUGGCAGUGGUGGUCAAACCAAGCCUAGCGGUGGCUUUGGCGGAGAUGAAGACUUGUUCUCCAACGUGUGGCAGUAGGUAGUGGGUUUUGGAAACAUCUAGAUGGCUUUUGAGGCGGAGGUUUCUAUAAAACAAUUGCAGGCAUGAUUGGCGUUUGCAUGUUAGGAGUCAAGUAGAUGCGAAACAGGAUGGCUAGUAAAUUGUACGACCAUUAUGACAUUGGUUCCGGUGAGAAGCAAUGUGAGUGUAUUCAAAUAACGCCGGGCCCAACGCUGCGAAAACAGUAAAAAUCCUGAGAUACAACUCCUUAGCCUUUUAGCUGUGGACACUUGGAUGUCCUUGACCAUCUGUGUAUACCACCUGAUAAAUAUCCGUCUCCC